AUGUUAGAUAAGAAAGCAGACAAGAACCAUACACAUAACUCCUUCUCAACUGUUGCUAUAGAAAGUAUUGAAGGAACGGUUGAAGAAACUGGUGGGGAUGCAAUAUAUUGUAAACCUCCUAACUUUCCACAAGGUUUAACAUCGGAUGACGACAUAACGACGAUGAGAAACAUUAGAUGUAAAGAUGUUUAUGUCAUGAAGGAUGAACAUAAUAUUAAAUUCACUGCUCAAGAUUUAUAUGACAAGAAAGCAGACAAAACAGAGCUUCAAACAUUAAAGACAGAAAUGCUUCAAACAUUAUAUCCUAUAGGCUCUAUUUAUACGUCAAUGAACUCAACAAAUCCAGCAACAGUUCUGGGUUUCGGUACGUGGGAACAGAUUGUAGAUAAAUUCUUAUACUGUGCUAACUCUUCAAAGCAAACAGGAGGUUCGAAGAAAAUUACUGAAGCAAACCUUCCACCGCACACUCAUACAGGAACUACAAACACAACAGGUAGUCAUUCACAUUCAAUAACAAAAAGAGGUUAUACAAAUCUUGCAGCAGGUUCGGAUAGACAGGGAAUGCAUAGAUAUGAUAUUUCAAGUGACCCAGUAGAUUCAAGCGCAGGUAUUUUCUGUGGAACCGCAGGAAAUCAUGCCCAUACUUUCACAACAAAUCCAACAGGCUCGGGUGCAGAUUACAUGCCACCAUUUGUGACUGUAUUUGCAUGGUACCGCGUUCAAUGA